AUGAAAAGAAAGGGGGAUUCAUCAAGCGAUUGCCCCAAGGGGAAGAGGAAGCAGAAUUGGUCGCCAUACCGGACGUGGGAAAGCCUCAAGGACAGAAUAGAUUACCUCAAACGGAAGUAUAGGGAUGCUAAAAAGGAGAAUAACGCAUCUGGGCGGGGAAGGGUGAGCUCCCCGUACUACAAGGAGCUGGACGAAUUUCUGGGGAAAAGUCCGAUGACAAACUGCAGGGCCUAUCACCAUGCCGAUGCUGGCCUCAGCUCUGACAAAGAAGAGGAUGACGAACAGAAUGCAUCAACAUCCCAGAGCGACACAACAGAGCAGGUCCAAGACUAUUCAGAUGUCAUCAAUGAGGACAUGGAUGCCAUUGACGAGGUCCUUGCCACAGACGAACAGUCAACAGAUGGUGAUACCACUGCUGAACUGGAAGAUCCAGCCACAGACCCUGGCAAUUCAAAGGCCCCAAGCAAGCUGAAAGAAAAAUUCAAUGGCCAGAUGACAAGAAAGCGUCGUGGUAAAAAAUCACAGAUAAAAGAAGCCAUGGGCAGCGCUGUCUCCAAGCUCAUUGAGGCACAACAAGCCGCGAAGGACGAGACCACAAUGGCUCUCUUACAGAUGGAGAAGGAACACUUCCAGUGGGAAAAAGCGAGAGCCGAAGAGAAGGAGCGCCGCGAAGAUCAGCAUCGGAGGGAACAGCUAGCAUUCCGGCAGCAGCAGGGUGAACAAAACAGGGCCUUUAUGCUGCAGUUAGCAACUAUUCUAGGCAACAACAGAGACCAGUACACCAACAUCGGCGGACCUUCUACUGACCAGGCCAUUCCACCAUAUGUCAAUCAAAAUUCAUUUGACUUCCAACCAACCCCUCGUUUUUAAGAACAUGCAUGUAUUGAAAUUAACCUAAAACAUGACAUCCUGCUUUGUUCACGUGUGCCAGGUUGUAACGAGAAGGAAGCGAACAUGCCAAUAAAGCAUGAUGUCAUCAUGUUUUAGGUCUAAUAAAGCUGUAUAAUAUACAGCUUUAAUAUUAUACUGUGGUAGUGCCGAGACUGUAGUAAUUGUAGCAAAGAUUUAGUGUGAGUUUUCGGAAACAAGUUCUUGUGUUUUCUGUAGUUUAGUUUUCCGGUAAUUACAUGUAAUCUAGUUUUCAAGUAGUACCUCCUUAUGUGACAAUAAUGAAACAUAUGAAAUUAUAUUUAAGUUUUAACAUUAAAACGACUUGCCUUCGGUAUAUUCUUACAGUAUUAUUAUUAAGCUGCCAUAUAUUCAGUUUUUGGACAUGUACUAAGUUUAGUUUCAACUUUUGUUCACAUUUAAAUAUGUAUACAUUAUGUAUUUUUAAUAUAUUUUCAACUAGUUUGAAGUGGUUUAUUCAGGAGCCUUGUGCAAAGGUUACAAACUAUGUAACAUUUAAGUUUGAUGUUACCUGUUAAUAUUUUGUUUCAUAAGUCAUGUGCAACUCUGUAACUCAAGGAACAAAAGAAGUUUUUUAAAUGCCUUUUAUUGCCAGCAGUUUGAUAAUCUGUACAAUAUGGUUAAAUUUAACAGGUAGGAGUACACUAAACUAAAAAGCCCGUAAAGUGCAUUUCAAAUCAAACAACUUUCCUAGAACUAGUGAAAACUCCAAGUUUGUUUUAUUAAAAGCACAUCAUUUUAAGAAGUCUGUAACUAGUGUAAGAAAAGAGAAACUUUAUCCAGUUUAUACAUGUAUUGCAAUAUUCGCACAAUAAAAGUAUAUGUACAUGUA